AUGAGAGGUUUCUUGGCUUUCACCCUCUUCCUCUUCUUUCCAAACAAUGCAAUACUAGUUGAAGGUUCCUCCACAGCAACAGCCGUGGGAAAUUUUGAAGCCAGCCUGCUUGGUCGAAACGCCGAUCCACUGGUGACUGCGGCUCCUUUGGUGAUUGGCACAACUUGUCAAGAUGGUUGUGUAUUACUCGCCGUUCAUACUAUGUUUGCCCAAGAACCACUCCUUUUGGAUACUACUGAUGCGGAAGAUGAAGGCUUGCAAGAUCUGCCCAAAGAAUAUAGGGGACCAUUUCGAGUGUUUUCGGUGGAUUCCUAUGGAACCUCGUUGGCGUGUGUGGGUUGGAGAGCAGAUGCCCAAACGCUGGUGAAUUAUUGCAAGCACUUGGCCAAGGAAGAUGUGGCUCUGUAUGGAAAUGGUCGUCAAGUGGACUCGGAGUAUGGCAACUAUCUAGCAACUGAAGCAUCUACGUGGUUGGCAAGAUCGGCAGUUUCGGGAAAGAUACGCCCACUAAGUUGUGCUGGAUUAUUGGCCACUGGUUCCAUAGAAAACUCACCAGGAAGUCUUUGGCUGGUCGACAUUACUGGUUCCUAUCCGAUCCGGGCACAUGCCAUUGGAGGGGGUCCAUUGGCAGGGAUCGUGAAUGACUACUUGGCGACGAUAGAUUUUGCAAAUUUGAAACACGAAAGAGUUAUAAAAUUGUUAAUGGAAUUCGUUUCCGAGUUGGAUGGAAUACCCAAAGGAUCACGGAUAGAAGUUGUCUCGAUAGGAGGGCAAAAAGGUGGAAAGCGACACUUGCUGUCCCGUAUUCCAAAUUAA